GAAGAAGUUUAGAUUUGUUUACAGCUUCCGUGCUAGGCAAUGAAUGAAAUUAAAUAUGCAAUAGAAACUGAGAUUAGAAACCCAUAUUUUUGUAGUGUAGAGAUACUGCACCAUUAUGCAGAAUUGUUAUAAUGCUGGGCGAAUACCUAGAGAAAAUGUGCAUGAUCAAAAUGCUAAAGGUCAAACAGAAUCAUUUAACUUCAUCAAAGAACUAGCUGAGCAGAACAAACUUUUGAAACAAAGAAUUGAAGAGCUAGAGGCUGAACAUGCCAACUGUCCUGAAUUACGCACGUACGUUGAAGAGAGUAAAGAAAAAAUGAAACAGAUUCAAGAACAACAUCUAAAGCAGAUGGAUGAAGUGAAUGUUAUGCUGGCUGAACAACAAAAACAGGAGACAAUGAAACUGGUACAAGAAAAGUUGAACAUUGAACAAAAGUACAAAGAACAAAUAGGAAAGUUAAAAUUUCAGAUUUCUAAACUAGAGACUACAAACAGAGAGUUAUUAUUCAGAAUAGACAGUAUGGCAGAAUCUGAAGAGCAAGUUCAUGCCCUAAAGAAGGAGAUAGAAGGUCUAAAAAAAAGAAUUAAAGAACUGGAAGAAGAGCUAAAAUCAAUUAAAGCAAAAGAAAAAACUACUAUUGAUCAUACUGAAUAUUUAGCUGAAAUAGAGGAAUUGAAAAAGAAAAAUAGUGUACUGUCACAUGAAGUCAGGGCAAAAACUCAAAAAAUUAUUGAAUUAGAUUUCCGAUUGGAUAAGAUGGAGAGAGAAUUGGACGAAAAUCCAGAAGAUGCUGACAAAAUAACAUUGAUUGAAAAUUUGAAAAUAAAAAUUACGCAAAUGCAAGCAGAAAGAUCUGCUGGUACUGAAAGGGAGCGAUAUUUUGAGAAACUAAUGAAAGAGCUGCAAGCAGAAAUUGAACAGCUUAGAGAGGGAGUUUCAGUAUGUGAAGUUGCAAAACACAGAUUGUAUGCUGACUACAAGAAAUUGUUGGAAGAAUACAACAAGCUACGUGAAAAAUAUGUUGUAGACAGUCAGCACAAAACAUUUCAGGAUUUCGUUCAGUUAAAAAGACAGCUUAAUCAUGUAAAAACUGAAAAUGAUGACUUGAAACAAGUUGCAAGAUCAGUUUCUGGUAGCAGUCUUCCAGCAUUAAAAUCAUCUGAAAAUGGUGUUACCAAAAAACGAAACUCAGGUUCAUAUAAAAAACAACAGUUAAAGACAUUAAAGGAAUGAAAGUUCUAUUAAGCUGCAUUUGGUAUAGUGAUACUUGAAUUCAAAGGUCACUGGCAUGCUGAUUGCAAAAAUAAGCAUGCACAGCCAUUUAUAAAUCUAUUUUAAACAGAUUUGGCAAAAACGUUUGUGUAUGUCAAGCCAUUUUACUAUUUAUUCUUACUGAAAGAUAUCUCAUAUAAUAUAUAUAGGAUAUCUUAUAUAAGAUCUAAGAUAUCAUAGGUUUAUAUUAGCAAUGUACUUGACAAGGUUGAUCAGUGGUGAUACAGUUUCUAAAAGAGUUAUGCGCCUUGGAAAUUUUAAUAUUAUGGAAGAUUGUCUUAUAAGCGCUCUUAUGUGUACAACUCUGUCUUAUAAGCGCUCUUAUGUGUACAACUCUUGCCACAUUUAAAAAAAAUAUAAUAUAUGUUUAUAUCAUUAUUGUCCAUGACAAAUUAAAAAAUCAGUGACAAUAAAUUAUUUUUAAAAGAGUUAUGUGCCUUGGAAAUAUUGAAUUGAUUAUAUGGAAAAUUGCAAUUUAAGUUCUUUCAUGUGUUUAAUUUUGGUUCCUCUAAUCAAAGUAAACAUUAAAAAGACAUAAAAAGGUUGAACUACAGUCUUCAAAGCUGGGAAUUAUUCAAACCACAUGUCAAACUUUAAACUAUCACUUUUUUUGGCUAACAUUUAGGACCAUAAAAGCCCUGUGAGUCCUAUCAAGCUUUUUUUAGACGUUAGAUCUCAUAUAUUUUAUACCUAGGCCAAAACUGUUAAAAGAUUUGCAGAUAUUAUUCUGGAAAUAUAAUGCUUGUCAUCAUGUUGCUUCCAAAGAAACAAGUUGGACAGGAUCCUUUUUAGCUCUUUCUCAUUACUUGGCGUCCGUCGUCCGUCGUCUGCGUCGUUAACAUUUUACAUUUUGAACUUCUUCUAGAGAACCACUGAAUGGAAUGAAACCAAACAUGGCAUGAAUGUUCCUUAUGAAGUGCUGACCAAGUGUUUAAUUUAAGAAUCUUUUUUUUUUUAAAUUGAUUUCAAAAACCCAGGUAGAAUCAGGUGAGCAAUACAGGUUCUUGAGAGCAUCUAGUUAUUUAACAUGUUUGAUGGUUUUCAUCCAUUAUAUUUUAUACACUUAUUCUACCAGUAAUCAUUUUACUAUUUGCAAGCAUAAGAUAUUUUUUUAUCUUGCAAUUUAUUACUGUGGAUUCAUUAAUAUUUGUUGAAUACCAAUUUUCGUCGAUUUCGUGGGUACAGGGGAACCACCAUUUAAUUGUUAAACAAAUUACAAAUUCUAAAGGAAUGUAUGCUGACUUUGCCAAAACAACGAAUUGGUGCCCACCAAAAUAAAUGAAUCAACAGUAUUAGUGUUUUGUUCUCAUCUGUUGAUAGCCCGCACUCCAUAUUUUACUCUAUCUUAACAUUGUAUUAUAAAAUUUCUAUGUAUUUACAUACAGUGUAUGAAGUCUCUUUAUGUUGCAUUUCAAUUGAUGGCUAGUCUAACUGUUGUUAUAAAAGUGUUCAUUUUACUGUAAAAGCAGAACAUUAAAGGGUCACUAGCUACGAGAUAUACAAAGAAAAUUGUUAUA